AUGACAAGCGACACCGGAUCAGUGCGCCGGAAGAAGAGCCUGAAGUGUCUAGCAUAUGUUGCUGCUUUUGUGGUGUUCCAAACUGGCAUCAUAUUGCUCUUUGUUCUACUAGUCCUGAAGAUCAGAGAUCCUAAAGUCCGCAUCGCCUCCAUCUCUGUGGAGAAUCAGCAUUUCUCUACAAAUUCCUUUAGCAUGGACCUCAAGGCUCGAGUUACAGUCAAGAACACGAAUUUCGGUCACUUCAAAUUCGAUAAUAGUACUGCAACUAUAUCGUAUUUUGGCACUGCAGUAGGGGAGGCAACUAUUCUUAAGGCGAGGGCUAGAUCAAGAUCCACCAAAAGGUUUAACAUAACUGUGCCCAUAUCUUCAUCCAAGGUAAAUAACCAUCGACAAUUGCGUAGGGAUUUAAAUUCUGGGGUUUUGAAUCUGAGCAGCACUGCAAAGUUGAGUGGAAAGAUACAUCUGUUCAAGAUUUUCAAGAAGAAGAAAUCUGCAGAAAUGAGUUGUACCAUGGAGCUUCAUACUAACACAAGCUCCAUUGAGAACUUGAGCUGCAAGUGA